CCACGUAAGGGGACCCUCGGUGUAUGUAUAUAAAAACGACUCAUUCUAAGAUAAUAAAAACAUAACGGCUCAUUAUGAAAGGUCUUUAUACACCACUGAUAAUAUAGUUUUGUAUAUUAUUUUGCAUUUCUGUCAAGAGAUCCUUCUAAAAAUUACACACUGCACCUUUAAGGUGAAGUGUGAAUGUUAUGUAAUAGACAGUGGAAGUUGUAAACAAAACUGACAGUAAACAAAUCACCUGAGCGGAAAACGAAACCUUUAACAUGUGUGUAUAGUCAGAUGAAGUGGAUCUGUGAUGUGCCUCGCUUUACCUGAGCAUCCUUAUCACAAAAUCACACCAAAUACACUCCCUUGUCGGUAUUUUUUCUUCAAGAUUAUUACAGUGCCUGUUUAAAGCUCAAGUAUAAUUGUUUACAAAUGACAAACUCUUAAAAAUAAAGGUUAAAACCAGAUUAUCUAGAAAUGUUGCUAUAUAAUUUACUUGGGUACAUACUAAAGGAUACUACAGAUUAUGUCACGUGGGUUGGAACAAAGAUGACAUGAAUCUAUAUUAUUAUUAUUAUUAUUAUUGACCUAUAUGCCUGCAUGUUUUCUAAUACUAAUAAUUGGUUUACCAGAUAUUUAUUGUUUGUAAGGAUUGAAAUCAGUGCAAUGGAAACUGAAAGUUACAGUGCUGUAAUUCCAGGAAGCAAGACUUCUUUUAAAGCACUAGUAUAUAUGCAUGCCUCCCUCCUCUGAGGUUAUUUGCAUUUGGAAGACUUGGCUACUGUUCAGCAGAAGAUCAACUAAGCGGAUCAUGAUGGAACUGGAAAUAGUACAGAUGAAUGGGGAUACAAUACAUCUGACAGUGGACAACAAUGCCACAGUUGGUCGACUGAAGCAGCUCAUUUCACAAAACUUAAAUGUUAAUCCUCCUAAACUAAAGCUGUCUGCUAAUAAUGGUGAUCAACGAAAUAACCUUGAUGAUGAUACCAAAACCCUCAGCAGUUACAACCUGCGCUCAGGGUCCACCGUAAUGGUCCUCAUCAAGAAACCUAUACCUAUACAGGUUUUGGUCAGCAAUGAGAAGGACAUAACACAUACCUAUGAUGUUGAUGCUGAUGAGAAGGUAGAUGAUCUCCAGGAGAAGAUCUUUAACAAAGAACGAACCCCACCAGAUCAACAGAAGCUUGUGUACAAUGGUAGACAACUGGAGCCUGGCAAGAUGCUGCAAGAAUACAACAUCACAUCUGGAAGCACCAUUUUUAAGAAACUUUGUCUCCGAGGAGGUGAAUGAAGAAAAUAAUAGAAGUUUUUAAUUUUAAAGUGUGAAAGCAGUUUAAUUCGCUGAUGUACCUUUAAUGCAACUAUAAUAUAUACAUCUCUCAAACCUGGUGGAAGCAGAAUAUUUAAAAAAUGAUUUUAUUUAUCAAAUAUUUUUACAUGAAUUAAACUAAUCUAUUUUUCUUGCAUGUUCUGUGCUUCUUCUUUGGUUGUGUAUUUGUAUGUAUAUUAUCCAUCAUAAAUAAAACAUACAUAUGAA